GUUCCAAGACAGUGAAAGACUAGGGAGAAGGAUGGCUAGUGAGGUUUAGAUCAUGUUGAGCCCUACCUUUGUUUUGUGGGAUGUUGGAUAUCCCUUAUACACCUAUGGAUCCAUCUGCAUUAUUGCAUUAAUUAUUUGGCAAGUGAAAAAGAGCCACCAAAAAUUAAGGUUGGGACCUAACAGGAGCUGUUGCCGGUGUCACCGAAGAGUCCAACAAAAGUCUGGAGAUAGAACAUCAAGAGCUAGGAGAACUUCCCAGGAAGAAGCCAAGAAGUUGGGGAAGCUGCUCUUUCUCAUGAAAAGCCAGGGCUGGCUUCCUCAGGAAGGAAGUGUGCGGCGAAUUCUGUGUGCAGAUCCCUGCUGCCAAAUUUGCAAUGUUAUGGCUCUGGAGAUUCAGCAAUUGCUGGCGGGUGAGAACAACCAGAUCUCCCUGACUUCACAGGGGCCAUCACAGGGCUCCUCUGGCCUAGAGGCUUUGUCUACGUCUAAUGUGUCUUUUGAGCAUAGUCAGGAUCCGGGUUCCCAGAAAUCCAAAGAGCUUUCACUGGCAUCUGUAACUCCAACACUGUCACAAUUAAUGGAUCAGAAAUCUUUAACCCAGUCAGCUGCCCAGUCAGCUGGUGCAGACAGCGUCCAAGAUUCCUGGGCUGAUCACUUUCAGCGAGGACAGAGAUCGCAAGUCCCAGUUGUGUCCCAGGUCAUGGGAUCUCUGUCUUCAAACUUUGAGAAGCCUGGAAUUCCUCUGAGCCAGCAGGAGAGGAAGAAAAACAACUCCAAAUUUGUCCUGGAGAACCAAGAAGCUCCAGAAGUUGGCUUGGAUAACAAGAUGAAGCUGUUUCUGCACUGGAUGAACCCUGAAAUGAAAGAUCGAAGGCAUGAGGAAUCUAUUCUCCUUUCUAAGGCUGAGACAGUGACCCAAGACAGGACAAAAAAUGUUGAGAAGAGUCCAACUGUCACCAAAUAUCAUGUGUGGGGAGCUACAACAGAGAAGACAACAGAGGACCCUGAGGCUCAGCCUCCUUCUACUGAGGAAGGCCUGAUCUUCUCUGAUGCCCCCCAGUGCCUAAAUAAUCUGCUCUAGCAACACUCCCUUCAGUCGAGCCAAUCCUGGGUCCUGUGCCACUCCUACAAAUGUUCCAAACUCUGUCCUCAAAUGACUUGUGCCACUCAACCAGGAAAUCUAUCCCAGGUCUCAACUCACCUCAGCAGAAGGCACUGGUUUAUGCAAG